AGCAGUGAAGGAGCUUUGGGGAAAACCAAACACAAUGUUCAUGGGGAAAAUCUCACCUCCUAUUAAUACACACACACACACAUACACACACCGCAGGAGAAAGAGUGCUGGUUGGCAGUUUGAGCAAAACUUCCUUUUUUCCCACAGAUGCAGCUGUGUAUGAAUCUCUUCACAUCACUCAUUCAGCUGACGGCUCGUAAAGGAACUAUAUAUGGAAUCGCUAACAUGGAGACUAGCAAACAUUGGCUUCUGCUAGGAUGCUGGGUGAUGACCACGCUUCCCAUCAGCUUAGCGAUCUGCACAGAUAAAAUACAACUGAGGUUCCAUCCAUGUGACAUGCAAGAGAAUUACACUACCGGGAUAGUAACGUUCUACUGCAGUGGCCGAAGUUUGCGUUCCAUCCCAGACAUUUUUCCGAACACCACCAUUCUCAAUGCAUCAUACAAUGAAAUCAACAACCUAACAGUGGACUCGCUAAAAGACUGUAAACAACUGGAAAUUCUCAAACUAGACAGGAUAAGCAAAAAUCGGAAUGUAACCAUCGCUGAGGGGGUUUUUGCCAAUUUGACAAAACUGAAAGUUUUAACGCUUAAUGACCUGGGCCUGUCCAAGGUGCCUACAGAACUCCCAAGAACCCUGAGAGAACUGAGACUGGACAGGAACAAAAUAAUCUCAUUAAGUUCCAGAAACUUUUCACGAUUAAGAGAGCUGACCCAUCUUUACAUGUCCAAAAACUGUUAUUAUUUUAAUAGCUGUUUCAGGAGCUUUAAGAUUGAGAACAGAACUUUUUCCAGCUUGGACAGGUUGGAACAUCUGAGCUUGUCAUAUAAUAACCUUUCCCAUGUUCCCAGAGACUUACCUGUCUCUCUAAUAACACUCGACCUCGCUUCCAACAUGAUAUCGUUCAUCGGAGAAGAUGAUUUCAAAGAGCUCUCAAACCUCAAAACUCUUAAAAUCCAGGGAAAUUGUCCACGCUGCCACAAUGCUCCGUAUCCCUGCGUUCCAUGUGCAAAUGGCUCUAUCGAUAUUCACGAACGAGCUUUCGACCACCUUAGGAACCUUACGUUAUUGCAUCUUGCUGGAAAUUCUAUUUCUUUCAUUAAUAAAGAAUGGUUUAAUAACCUCCCUAAUCUGAGGGAACUCUACCUUUCCUACAAUUUUUUAAGCAAUCAGAUCGGAAAUGAAACUUUUUUGAAUAAUUUAGGUUUUUUGAGAAAACUCGAUCUCUCAUUUAAUUAUGGAUUACAAUCUUAUCCAGAAACAGUGAACCUUUCCUCGUCCUUUGCCAACUUGUCCAGUCUUCGCACGCUGCACAUGCAAGGUUUGGUUUUCAAAAAGAUUGAAAAAGACUCUCUGCAACAUCUUUAUGGUUUGCAGAAUCUGUCCACAUUAGAUCUAGGAAUAAAUUUUAUCGUGCAUGUGGAUCCAGAUGUCUUUAAGCAGUUUCAUCAUUUAAAGCUGCUGUAUCUGUCAGAAAACCGUCUCUAUCCUAUCACUAACUCUGAGGUUAGAACGGCAGACAAUAACGUGAAGCCGCCACGCUUCAACCUCCCGGGGCUGAUGGAUUCUAGUUCUCAACAACAACCAGAUCCUUUUACUAAGCCUAUCCCGAGGCUCAUCAAACCAGAGUGCUACGCUGCUGGCCGCGUCUUGGACCUGAGCAGAAAUAAUCUGUUUUUUAUUUCCCCAAAGCAAUUUGAAGGUUAUGAAAACAUUUCCUGCCUCAACCUGUCCAGAAACGGCUUUGCAUCAGCGUUAAAUGGGACAGAAUUCACAACACUGCCUUACCUAAAAUAUUUAGACUUGUCUUACAAUAAGAUUGAUUUGGCCUACAAUUAUGCUUUUGAAGAAUUAAGGGAGCUGGAGGUGCUUGACAUCAGCAGUAACUCCCAUUACUUCACAGUGCCUGGGGUGACGCAUAAUUUGUUUUUCAUACAGAAUCUACCUAAGCUGAGGGUACUAAACAUGAGCUCCAACGGCAUUUUCACCCUGACGACCAGGUACAUGUGCAGCGACUCACUUGCCGAGCUCCAGUUCCAGGACAAUCAACUUGGGAAGCUUUGGAAAGAUGAGAAGUACGAGAAACUUUUCUGGAACUUAACAAAUCUGACAAAUCUUGAUAUAUCGUCGAACUACAUCUGGACGAUACGUACAAACGUUUACAAAUACUUGCCUGUCACUUUGAAAAGAUUCAGCCUGAGCCACAAUAAUCUGAAGAGUCUCAACUGGACGUUGAUGAGGAACUUCAUACACCUCGAAGAGCUCAUACUCAGCCACAACAUCAUGAGCUCUGUCUCUGAAGACAUAACCCUGAAUAUUCCAUCAUUACGUUACCUUGACCUGAGCUAUAACAAGAUCUAUCAGCUGGCAGAUCGGUUUCUUGAAAAUGCUCUUAAUCUUAAAGAGCUGGAUCUGAGUUUUAAUAAAAUAAGCAUCAUUAGAAAUUCAACCUUCCCAUCCAAUGAGGCACUUCAUUUGGAAACAUUGUGCCUUCAUAACAACCCCUAUCACUGCACAUGUGACAUGUUGGACUUUAUCCUUUGGAUUAAGUAUAGCAAGGUGAAAAUCCCCAAACUGUACACUUCAUUGAAAUGCAACAUCCCUGAAGGGAUCAAAGGUCGCAGGCUGAUAGAAUUUGACAUCAAACAGUGCCUUGACCCUAACGUUGCCUGUAUCUACAUUGUCACCACUUUGUUCAUUGUGUGCGUCACUUUUGUAGCCACCUUGAUGCACUUGUUUUACUGGGACCUCUCAUACGUGUUCUACUACACAAGGGCUAAAGUUAAAGGCUACCAGCACCUGAGCUCUAGAGACAAUGUCUACGAUGCCUUUGUUACCUAUGACACCAAAGACCCGCAGGUGUCUGAUUGGGUCCUGAACCAUCUCCGGGUUCAACUGGAGGAACAAGGUGAUCACUUCCUUCCAGUCUGUUUGGAAGAACGUGACUGGCUGCCUGGCUGCCCCAUUCUGGACAGCCUGACCCGAAGCAUCCGCCAGAGCCGCAAGACGGUCUUUGUCCUCACAAAUUCCUACGUGGACAGCGGCUCGUUCAAGAUGGCCAUGUACCUGGCGCACCAGCGGCUCCUGGACGAAAGUGAUGAUGUGAUCGUCUUGCUGCUACUUGAGCCCGUUUUACAGAACUCGCAUUUCCUGCGUCUACGGAGGCGUCUUUGCAGCCACAGCGUGCUGGAGUGGCCCCGGACGCCCGCCGCAGAGCCCUGGUUCUGGCAGUGUCUGAGAAACGCAAUUCGGGUCGAGAACAAAGUCAUGUACAACAACAUCUACUCCAGAUACUUUACUAUCAAAAAGAGGCCGCGAGAGAAACAAUGAACGACAAAAAAUACAUUCAGAUUCAUGUAUUUUAUAUUCCCUUUCCAGUUAACAGAUGUGUUAUAUCUAUGUUUUAUAUAGUAGAGCUUUUGCAAGUUGGUUCCUAGGGUGUUGCUCUCCCAGAUGGUUGCUAGACUGUUGCUAACUAGUCAAUAUGGUAUGAUAUGAUAUUGUCCAGUGGAUUGUGCUGGUAUUUAGUUAGUUGCUAGCUAUGAUAGUACAGUUGUUGCCAGGGUGUUGUAGAUGGUUGCUAUGUUGUUGCUAAGUGUUAUAUUCCAGCUGCUUUUUGGAAGUUUUAGCCGAUGUGCUAGUGGGGUUCUGGGCUUCCACAACUUGCUGUAAAAAAAUCCAACCUUCAGACAUGAUGUGUGUCUUGGCUGGACUUUGUUUGAAAUCAACCAAACAUUGUGAACGUGUUGCUGAAAUGUGGCUUUAAAGCCCUUCUCUCUCAGCAGCGUGUUGUUUCUCUACACCGUGCUAUCAGAAGGAACGCUGUACUGUACUGGGAAAGGUUUGUUUCCAAUGUGGUUGGGAUUGUAAACAGUGUGUGUGUGUGUGUAUGUGUGUGUGUGUAUGUGUGUGUAUUGUAUUAAAUAAUGGUUCUCUGAAUUUAAUGCGAUGUGUGAAAACAUUCUACCAGAUGUGUGAUCAGUGAUAGUGAGAGUUUACACACUUUUACAUAAUAACUCUGAGAAUCUCAUUCAAAUGAAAAUGUUUUUGUAUGUUUAAUAGUUUUUUGUUUUUUAGCUGAUAUCAUUAACAUUUGUUCUUUUUGCUCUUAAUAAAAUUUUAGAAUUUGUUUACAUUACAACUUGUUUGCUUGAAUUAUUAUUUUUUUAUUAAUAUAUUCUUCUUACUUUUUGUUGUUUAUUCCUUUUGACUUGUUUUCAUCAUUCUUUUUAUUGUUGUUUUU